AUGGCGAAACCACGCCGCAGCAUCAAGUUCAACCACCGAAAUGGUCACAGUUCCGGGAUGGACGGGAGAAGAAGCAGCUUCUCGGAUAUCAGUGAAGCUGCAUCAGAGCCAGGCUCUCCUACCCAGUCCAAGACCGGCAAUGAUGGCACGCUAGAUUCCCAGGAGCCCCCGGUGUCCGAGUACGAGAAGAAGAAGGCGACCUUUAUCACUCGAUCGAUAUGGACAUUCGUUAUGAUCGGCGCGUUUUUCGGGGCGAUGUUCAUGGGCCAUAUUUACAUUAUUGCUAUUGUAACGGCAGUGCAGAUCGUCUCUUUCAAGGAGGUCAUUGCGAUUGCCAAUGUCCCCAGUCGAGCGCGAAGGUUAAAAUUCACAAAGGCCCUGAAUUGGUACUGGUUGGCAACGACAAUGUACUUCUUAUACGGGGAGAGUGUGAUUUACUAUUUCAAGCAUAUCGUACUGGUCGACAAGGUGCUUCUGCCGUUUGCGACCCAUCACCGAUUCAUAAGUUUCAUGCUCUACGUUAUAGGAUUUGUAUUCUUCGUUGCUUCCUUACAAGCUGGGCACUACCGAUUUCAGUUUACACAGUUCGCUUGGACCCAUAUGGCCCUCUACCUCAUUGUGGUGCAGGCACAUUUCAUCAUGAACAACGUCUUCGAGGGAAUGAUUUGGUUCUUUCUGCCCGUCUCCUUGGUUAUCUGCAACGACAUCUUUGCAUACAUCUGCGGAAUUACUUUUGGCCGAACGCAGCUCAUUAAGCUGUCACCCAAGAAGACAGUUGAAGGAUUUGUUGGUGCUUGGAUUUUAACAAUAAUUUUUGGUGUUGGCAUGACCAAUGUCCUGAUGAGAUACAAGUAUUUUAUCUGUCCUGUAAAUGAUCUGGGAGCAAACAUCUGGACCGGCCUUCAAUGCACACCAAAUCCCGUCUUCCUUCCAAGCCUCUACCACCUACCAAUCUGGUUUCCUUUCUUCAAGUCUUUCUCCAUGGCCCCCAUGCAAGUCCACAUCUUGGUCUUCGGAACAUUUGCCUCCCUGAUUGCUCCCUUCGGUGGUUUCUUCGCCUCGGGCCUCAAACGUACUUUCAAGAUCAAGGACUUCGGUGACUCGAUCCCUGGUCACGGUGGAAUCACUGAUCGCAUGGACUGUCAAUUCAUCAUGGGAUUCUUCGCAUACAUGUAUUACCAUAGCUUCAUCGCAGUCUAUAAGGUGUCGCUUGGAGGUGUCAUCGAAAGCGCGAUCAAUGGUUUAACUCCGCAGGAGCAAAUGGAGCUGGUCAAAGGUAUCAGCAAGCAUCUCUACAACCAGGGUAUUAUUCCGGAAGGAGUACUGGACUGUCUGAACCUCGCAGUACGGAGGAGAUGA